AUGGCCUCUUCAUCAAACUCUUUAGAGUUGACUUUGGAAAACCGUCCAUCUACUGCAACUUGGUGUCCUGCUUCUUCCAGUUGUUCCAACCUGCUAGCUAUAGGACAUGAUACUGGUAUAACGGUUUAUAAGGCCACGGAAUUAGCAAAUGGGGAUCUCUCGACGAAAGAUCUGGUCAAACUUUAUACUAUACAUAUAGGCUUGCCUGUUCUUCAAUUGGCAUUUUCCGGCAAUUGCAUAUGUUCAGAAAAUGAAUUAGAAGUAAAGCCGCACCAGGAUACUAAGAUGGAAGAGCUAUCGGAAAACAGUAAACCAAACGAGUACACUUUAUGUUUUGCAUGUGCAUGCCAGGAUAACACAGUUCGCUUGAUAGUUGCUCGUAAUGACUCGAUAAUAACACAACAUGUUUUGGGAGGAAAAUCUGGGCAUCACAGCUUCGUAAAUGCCAUUGACAUCGUCGAUGUAUAUUCUGCAGACAAUAAACUUGCAGAGCAAGUGAUUGCAUCGGUUGGUGAUGACAACACUUUAAUUAUCUGGAGACUUACAGACAAUGGCCCUGUUCUGGCCGGAUACCCUCUUUCUUCUCCUGGUACUAGCGUUGAAUUUCACCCGGUGAAUCCUAAUCAUUUGCUCGUUGGUGAAAAAUCUGGAAAUAUACGAGUUUUUGAUUGGACGAACCCUCCUAAUAACACUGACGGAACAAUGGACCAAGAUGUUUCAGAUCACCUCACAUCAACUACACCAUGGCUAUAUACUUUAAAUGUCUCACUAGUUGUCCAUAGCUAUAGAAAUGCUACACUAGCGUCAACUUUAGCAAACGCCCAUUGGGUCGGUUCCGGUGGCACGAGUAUCUUAGUUGUAUGUAAAAGUGGUGCUUGGCUACGCUGGGAUUUGUUUGCCAAAGCACAAGGAAAUUAUGACAUGGAAGAGGAUGAAGGAUAUCCCCAACCCCGAACACUUCUACCUGAUCACCAAGGUGCUUCUCUGUUUCCAACAAUUUGCGGAGCUUGUCCUCAUCCACGAUACCUGGACUACUUUUUGACUGCCAGUUCUCAAUGCCCAGGAACGAUUCAGCUAAUUAACGUUGCAGAGAAAGGCUCAAAUUCGAAUCCUUUACAGUUAGAUGGCUUAAUCGUGGAUAUGGAUUGGCAUAAAAGUGGUAAGUAUGUCGCCGUGAUUACAGACUCCUCUCUAUAUAUUACAAAAGUAAUGGGUUAA